AUCGAUCUAUCGACAUAUCGGGCAGUCGAUUAACAGAACUCGGAGUGCAGCAAAAGUGCGGGAAAUCUGCGGAAAUGCUUUAAUUAACGAACAAUUGCUCCGCGAGCGCUGACAGCAGGCCAAUCCGUUCAAAGUGCAGUUGCCAAAUGUUAUUGUCAAUUGUUGCGUGAAAUCCGCCAGUUUGCUUUUCGUUUUUUUCUUCUCUACCUCUUCGUGCGGGAGGGAGACGGAAGCAGUCCCCAGCAUUCGCAUUCACCAUUUUCUCCCGUCUUCGUUUUUCCCUUUGUUUGCGGCGGCGGCGCUCGUUGUACGGCCGUGCGAAUCGAAUAAAAUCGGCAAAAAUAGGAAAAAUAACGCAAAGUGCAGCAGCCACGGGCGGCAAUGUAAAUAAACAAGGCUCGGGUGAGCAGUGCUUCGACUAGCCAGCAAAAUGUGCGUAAAAAGCGAGGAUCAGUGAAGAAAACAACAACUACGUGCUGCUGCGUUCAUUGACGUGACGCGCGAGUGUGAGUGUGUGUGCGUGCGUGUGUGUUUGUGUGUCUGUGCUGGCUGCUUCCGUGAGUGUGAGAGGUGUGUGUCAAAAAGCGUUUUUAAAACAACGGGCCAGCAACAAACAAAUCAGCACAACACGUCACAAAUUGCAAUAGAAGCUCGAGCAGCAACACCUCAAAUCAAAAAGCCCCCCAGCAACAACAACAACAUCAUCUGUCGUGUUCUCAGAGAGUGGGAGAAGAAAUAGCGUGAGAGAGAGAAAGAGGGGGCAAAAAGAAAGUCAACAGUCGCGUGUGAAAUGAAAUUCGAAAAAUGUCCGCGUGUGUGUGUGUUGAGUGUAUAGAAUUGAGUAAGAAGCAGCGCGGCAAAAGGAAAUAAGCUAAAGCAAUAGCAAAAAGGAACCAUCUACAACAACAAAUUACCAAUGAAGCAAUCAAAAUUGGCAUAAUUUGCAUCGGCCGACGUUUUUGUCUCUGAAACCCCCAAAAAACACCACACAACAACAGCAGCACAAAUCUUUUGCCAAUGAGUCGCAGACAGUCAUUGGAUCGACCAGGAAUAUUGUCUCCUCCGGGUCCGUUUCUGACGCCCAGUCCAUCGCCAUCGAUCUCAGCUAGCCCUCGUCUGCAACCAUCGCCAUCGCUCUCGCCGUUCCCACAGGAUGUGGUGCUCGUAGCCGGUGGCAGUCAAGUAAACGCCAACAGCAAUCCCCAGGAACACGAGCGCAAGGCGGCGACGCCUGGCAGGAGACAGUCCAUCCACCAGUUCACCAAUGGCAGUCCCAAUGCUGGAACCGUCGUCUUCCAGCCGAGCCCCUCGCAAUCGCCGGCCGCUGCCACGACGGUCAUUGGCGUGACCAGUGGUGGCCUGAUAGCCACCGCCGCCGGAGGAACUGGAGCGGGUCUAACUGCUGGCCUGGGAGGAGGAGCCGGGAGCAGUUCCGGAGUGGGAGUGGGAGUAGCGCUGCACGGAAAUGCCAUUGGGAACGAGCUGAAUGCUACUCUGGUGGGAUCCAAUAAUAUCCAGCUCAAUAAGAAGGGCACAAAGCGGGCAACCCAGCAGCAGCAGCAACAACAGCAACAGCAACAGCUGGGCCACCAGAUCUUCAGCAGCGCCGUCGCACCCACCUCGAUCAGCAGUGCGACUGCGGUGGCAGCCGGCGGCGGAGGCUAUGGACAGUUCAAUGCCACCGCCAUCAGCACGCCCACUUCGUUCGCCACCUCGGCCGGCAGUUUGGUCAGCAGCAGCGCCAAGGGUCCGGCGAAGGGUCAGAAGGGGCAGCAGCAGCAGCAGCAGCAGCAGCAUCAGCAGUUCCAGCACUACCAGAGCAGCAGUCCCCUGAUAGCGGACAGUCCCAUCCCGAGUCCCAGCGGCGCCAUUGCAGCGGCUGCGAUUAAGCCUCCCACGCCGCAGCCGCAGCCCCAACCCAUGCAGAUGCUGCCCCAGCAGUUUACCAUCUCGCAGCAGCCGCAGCAACAGCAGCAGGCGCAGCAGGUCUUCCAGUUUAUCCAGGGACCGCAGGGCCAGCUCAUAGCCACCACUCCGCAGCAGCAGCAGCAGCCCAUCCAGCAGCAGCAACAGCAGCAGCAGCAACCGCAGCCGCAGCAACAUCGCUUCGUUAGCAAUGCCGGGGUCACGGGAAUGCCAACCGGCAAGACCGGCAAGGCACCGCAACAAAUCCUGCCCAAGCCGCAGCAGGAGCUGCAGCAAAAGAAGGGCUCAACCGUCGCACAGAUCUCUCAGACGCCGCAGCAGCAAACUGGCCAGGCCAACAAUCCCACCCAACAGCAGCAGCAGCAGCAGAUCCUGCUAAACGCCACCACCAAUCAGCCGCAGCAGUUGCUGCUCAACCAGAUGCCCGUGCUGGUGCAGCAGAAUCCGCAGGGCGUGCAGCUGAUCCUGCGGCCGCCGACGCCCCAGCUGACGACCACGCCCUCGCUGGUCAUCCAGCAGAAUGCCCGUGGGCAGCCGCAACUGCAGACGCAGCCGGCGCAGCAGCAACUUCUGCGGAUAGUGGGCACCAAUGGAGCGACCAUGCAGCUGGCUGCCGCGCCCACCUUCAUUGUGUCCUCGCAGGCGAACCUAAUCCAUCAGACGGCGGCUGGUCAAUUCCAGAGCGCCAUCAAGUCGGGCACCCAGCUCACGGGUCUGCAUGCGGCACUGGCUCAGGCGCAGGCACAGGCGCAGGCGCCACGAUCUCAGCCGUUUGCCACGACGGCCACGCUGAAUACGCAGCUCCUCGGCCAGAGUGUCGCGGCCCAGCUGCAGAACCUCCAGUUGGCGGCGGCCCAAAUCCAAAUGCCCAAUGGCCUCACCGCCAUCUCCCAGCUGCCGGCGCAUCUGCAGCAGAGUUUGGGUGGUGCGACCAUCAAUUUGAAUCAGCUGAACGGGGCGCAUCUCCAGCAGAUAGCCAACGCUUUUCAAACGCCGCAGCCGCCGGGAACAAACAAUGCAGGAACUGGCGGCAGCACGACGGCGGAGCUCUUUACCCAAUCCUCGCCAGCGCAUGUACCGCUGGCCGUCACCCCGGAGCCACUGCGUCAGCCCACGCCGGUGCCCAUGAUGCAGCAGCAGCAGCAGCAACAGCAGGCGGCCAUGGCCACCAUCCAGCUGCAGCAGCAGCAGCAACAGCAGCAGCAGGCGCAGAUCCAGCAGUUGCAGCAUCAGCUGCAGCAAACCCAGUCCCAGGUGCAGCAGGCCCAGCAAUCCGUUGUCCAGGCGACGACAACCACCACCAGCGUCCCGGAGCCCAAGAAGAAGCCGCGUCCGCGCAAGAAGAAGCAGGCGGUGGCAACUCCUGCCGCCGUUGCGCCCGUUGAGGUGAGACCACCGACGCCCCAGAAAAUAGCGGCGGCGGCCACGCCCACGCCACCGCAGGCAGUGCGCUCCAAGUCGCCAUCGCCGCCACCGACGACCAUCCAGCGGAGCAGCAACGGGAAGCUGGAUCUCGGCGAUGUGAUGAAGUUUUGCGGCAUCACCGGCGACGAUGACGACGACGAGGAUUAUGGAAUGGGCCUGGACACCGAACCAGAGGCAGCAAACCAGGUGACUACCAGCGGAGCAGCGACGACGGGCAGCAGCAGCGGCGACAUCAUGAUCUCCAUACCGAACCAAAACGGCAGCGAUGGCCUGCCCUUCACCCUGACCAUUCCCGCGACGCCAUCUCAGCAGGCGGGAAGCGAAUCAGCCACCGAAAUACCAAAUAUCCUCAUCAAGAUCGAUCCAAGUGCGGAGGCAGCGGUGCCGCCAUUUGGUCUGUCCACGCCGCGUUUGCCGACGGCCGAGGAAAUCCAGAAGCAGGCGCAGCAGCAUUUGGCGCAACAGGCGGCAGCAGCAGCGGCGGCGGCGGCGGCCAAGGCGACUACGCCAACCAUAAACAUUAGCCUGCCCAGCAUGGCACCCAUUGUCACGCCCACUCCUGCUGCUCCAACUUCCAAUCCUGUGUCCACUACGGCGGCUGUGAAGCCGCGAAGAAAGCCAGCCGUGCGGAGGAAUGCCAAGAAACCGGAAACCAGCACCUUGAUCUCCGCGAGCAGCGGCACCACCACCACCACAAUUAGCAGCAGCACCAGUACUAUACUGAACAACAGCCAACCCACCACUGUGAACACCAUCACGCUGACCACGCCCACUCCAGUGACGAGCAGCAGCAGCAGCAAUCCCACCCUGAUGCUCACCCACGGAACGCCAACGGCAGUGCCAAGUCAGAUUGGCAAUAUUCAGAUCUCGCAGGUGCACAAUCAUCACCCGUCCGCCAUGCCCGUGAGCAGUGCGGUGGAGAACAAGAUCCAGAUAAUGCCGAUCCUUCCGCCGGGAGCCACGGUGAUGGGGGGAACACCGGGAAGCGGAGCAGGAGGAGCCCAUACGUCCGGCUCCUCCCAAUCCACGCAGUUGGUCUUUCAGCCAACGGUGCCUUCGGUGGCGCCUACGAUCAGUGCGGAGUCCACGGGAUUCAAGCUGUCCACCGAUGGAAGGCAGAUGCAACUGGUGGCCAUACCGCAGGCCACUCCUCCUCCGCCGCCGACGACGGCGACAGCCAGUGCAGCAGCCCAACCGCCGGUGACCACGCCGGCCUUGACCGCCGGAGGAGCCACAAUUCUGCCUCCUCAGUUGACCGGGAUGCCCGCCAAUGUAUCGGUUUCAGUGGGAUCUCCUGCCUCGGCUGCGGCUCUGGUGCCCCAGCUUACCGGGAGUCUCACGCUCACCGUGUCGGAGCAGUGCGAGCGGUUGAUCCUGCGACAUGAUCCCAACAAUCCGCAGGACCAUCAGUCGCAGCUCAUCCUGCAGGCACUGCUCAAGGGCGCCCUGCCCAAUGUGACCAUCAUCAAUGAACCGACGCGUGUGGAUCCCAGCAAGCCGCCCACUCCGAUGUUGCAGCCGCAACAGCAGGUGAUCCAAAUCCCCCAGCCAGUGGCGCCACCUCAGCCAAUCCUGCAGCAGGCGCUGCCCAAGGUUUCAGCAACUCCAAAAAUAGAAGUAAAAGUGGCCAACAAUAGAAAGUUGUCAGGGAGUCAGGUGGCACAUCCCGCCAGCAGCAUGCUAGGAAUGACGAGCACUACGACCACCAUGUCGACGAUGAAGCCACCGGCCACGCUGCCCGCCAAGCAGAACGAGACGAUGUCCUUCCCGCCUCUGCCGCUCAACUCGCAGGUGCUCAUCCAGCAGCAGCCACUGAUUUCGGCGCAGCUACAGCCGCAGCUGCAACCCGUCACCGUGCCCGUGACUCUGCCCACUCAGCCGGCCACCAUCUCCGUUCCAAUACCCUCGCCGGCGCCACCUCCUCCCCAGCUGGCCAACAAUGGACAGCAGCGGUACAUCGCCCUGCCGCCCAUCGAUCCCACCACCCAGCAGUUGUUCUGCCUGAACAGCGUGACCAACCAGAUAACGGCGAUGAGCGCGGGUCAGACGGCCGCCUCGAUUGGACCCACGGAGCGGCUGCUCAUUGCUCCGGCCGGGAUAAAUGCCCAGCAGUUGGCCCAGUGCCUGCAGUUGGGACAACUGCACUUCAACGAUGUUAACCCACUGCCGCCACAGCAGCAGCAGCAACAGCAGCUUUCGAUGCCACUGCGACCGCAGCCACCGCAGCAGCAGAUCGUGCAUCCCAUCCAGCCGAUAACCAAUGGACUGGCCAUCACCACAACGGCCAGCACCACGUUGACCACCACCACGAGCACCACCUCACUGACCACGGUGACCAAGCAGGUGGCCAAUGUGGCGCCGAUAAUAGAUCAGAGCAAGGCGAAACUGGAGCCGGCCAAAGCAGCCACCAGUGGAGCAGCAGGUGGUGGAGCAGUGGUCAAGAAGAAGCCGGUGAGGAAGCCCAAGGCGACGCCGACCAAUGCCUCCGAGUUGGCCAAUCUGAAGAACGCCAGCGUGGUUAAGCCGAUGCCAAAGCUGGAUCCCCUUUCGCAGAAGCCCAACAAUAAUCCGGUGCAAAUUGUGCAGCCAAAUGUGGCCAGUGGCAAGCAGAUGAUCGUGGUGGGCAGCUCCAGUUGCACCACCACCACCACGACCACGAUGAGCGCCAGCAUCCAGCCGUUCCAGACGACGAGCGGCACCAAGUUGGUGGGCGUUACGGUGCCAAUGCAGCAACAGCAGCAACAGCCAACCGGCACGGCGGCGAUAUUGCAGCAACAGCAGCAGCAGCAGCAACAGCAGAGGACGAGCUUCAGCUUAACGGCAACCACGGUGGCUACGCCUGCUCCGAUGCCUUCUCCAACGGUAGCUUCUGGUGUCAGCCAACUGCAGAUGCAGCAGCAGCAACCCCAACAGCAGCAGCAACAGCAACUACAGGCUCCCAAGCAACAGCAGCAGCAACAACCGCAACCAAACACCGUUUCCCGCGUGCAGACCAUCCAACUUACCCCUCAAAUGCAACAGAUUUUCAAGCAGGUGCAGAUGCAGAUCCAGUUCCUCACCAUAAAGCUGCAGAACAAAACGACCUUCCUGCCAGUGUCGCCGGAAAUUGAUCCCGCAACCAUUGCUGCCUACAACAAGCCGAUGACCGAUGCGGAAAUAAAUCUGGCACUGCAGCGACUCUUUGCCGAGCAGCACCGAAUCCUUGCCUCCGGGAAGGAGGUGCCCACUCCGGAGGGAAUGUUGCCGACGGCCAAUGGAAGUGGAGGUUUCAGCCUGAUGUCACAGGCAGUGCAGCAGCCGCAGCAGCAACCGCAGUUGCAACCUACGGUUUCGGAGCCACUGAAGACAGUCGUGCCCGCCAAUGUGGUUCAACCCAAUAACCACUCAUCCACCACGGCAGGUGCUCCGGCUGCUGUCGCAGCUGCUCCCAGUGCCCAGCAGAACAUAACUCAGAGGAUACACAUCUAUCCCAUGCAGCACCAGCAACAGCAGCAGCAGCAACAGGCAGGCAACAAACCAAAGCAGGCGCAGCCCAAACCGCAACAGGAGCAACAGUCGCAACAGUCGCAGCUCCAAAUAAAACCCAAAGAGCCGGCUAACAGAAACAAAGCCAAUAGCAAUAGCCAGCAGCUGCAGCAAAACCCACAGCAACUGCAACAACAACAGCCGCCCAAUGGAAGCAUCAAUAUGUUGCCACAAAAAGUAAAUAUGCUGCCAGUUGUACAGCAGCAGCAGCAGCAACAACUACAACAACAGCAGCAGCCAUUGCUGAACAAAAGCGGACCACCACCGCUGAUCUUCGCCAGCUCCACAAAUCUGCUGACCAACAGCAACAACAGCAGCAACACUCUUACCAGCAAUUCUGUAAUGCAAGUGAACAACAUGUUGCCACUGCCACCAUUGCAACCCCAGCAACAGCAACCGCAACAGCAGCAGCAGCAGUUACAGCAGCAACCUACACCUAUCCUGCCACCAGUAGCUGCAGCAAUGGGCGUUGGAGUGACGCCAGGAGGGAUUGGAUUGCCAACACUGCCGAGCAUUCCGAGCCUGCCCCUUUACAUGCCGAGCAAAAUGGAUGAAAUGCCAACGCAGAAACCCAAAAUUGCACGCCUCUCCUUAUUCGUGCGCCAACUGGAGGUCGACCAGGAGAGCUGCCUGAAGCCGGACUACGUAAAGCCCUUCCGCACCAAGGAUGAGGCGGUUAAGAGGCUAAUAAGGUACCACUGCAUGCAUGAAAACGAUGUGGAGUUGCCCUCGGAUGAAGAUGAAGAGUUUGAGUCCACUGCUCUGGGAUUCCAGGACAAGUUCAGGCAGCUAAACGGCAAGUUCCAGGAGAUACUGAUGCAGGAGUCAACGCUACCACAUCGCACCUCGGAGAUCCUGCAAAUGCAGCAGCUCAUGAUCGAUGACCUCAAAGUCGAGAUCAACGACAUUCGCACCGCCGAAAAGGAGCUAGAGCAGCAGCUGAAGGAGGAGCAGAAUGGCGACAAAACAACGCUGGAAACCGAGGCUAAAGUUAAGGAGGAGAUUAAGCAAGAGCCCAUGGAUAAGUCAGCCCAAUCGGAUGGCGUUGUGGACAAGUUUGAUUUACUGAAAAACAGCGCCGAUGUGAACAAAGCAUUCAGCAAAGCACAGCCUCAGCCAAGUGCGACAGUGAAGCAAGAGGAAAACCACGAAUCUGGUGAGGCCUCCUCGGUAAACGGAGCUGUGAAGAGCGAGGCUCAGGACAAGGAAGCUUCGAAGUACAUCAAAAAGGACUAUGACAAUUUCGAUAUAGAGUCUGAGCUCACCACCAGCUUCAUAAUGAAGAAGGUGGAGAACAAAGCGGCCUUGGCCAAGAACGCUGAGACUCGCUACCAGGAGAGAAGUUUGAUGGACCAACAGCAACAGCAACAGCAGCAGCAGCAACAUAUCAAAGGCACGGGAGCAGAGCCAGUGGAUCAGGAAGAUGGCUGGUAUUGUCUGCAAAAGGAGCUUAAUCUGAUGAACAGUGAUCCCAUGCAGCAGCCGCAACAACAGCUAAAUGGAAACCAGCCGCAUCGUCAGCCGGCGCAACAGCCAUCGCACUUUUUGGACAACUCCAACUCGAACAACAUGAUGAACAACAGCAACCACAUGUCGGAUCUGUUUCCAAACGGCUGCAUCGACAAGAGCAACCAGAGUACCACGAGCAGCAGCAACAGCAGUUGUGUUAGCGAUAGCCAGGUUGCUUCCAAUCCCGUCAAGACUGUGUCCUCGUGCAGCGGUCAACGCGAGCAGCCGGUGGUCCUGGAUGCUGAGCAACCGAACGAGCAUCCGGCCAUCAGUGAGUUUUUCAGCAGCGACUCCGAUGUGCAGAAGUCCGUGGAGACGCGAUUGGAGGCCAUGUUCGGUGAGUCACCCGUGCACCUGGACGUGAAGAGCAGCAGCGAUGCCCACGACAUUGAGUCCAACCUGGACGAGAUCUUUGGCGACUCGAAAUCGCCGGCGGUCAACCACAAAAGCAAGAUGAGCAUGUGGGUGCCAGACGCCACAUUCAUGCAGCAGGCGCCGCAGCAACAGGCGUCGCAACAGCAGCAGCAGCAGCAGUAUGCAGGCCCGCAGCAACCAUCACAACAGCAGCAACAUCACAUUGAACUGAACUGCAACAACAAUCCACGCUGGAUGCAGAGCAUGGAGGCGCACUACAGCGACUUCCUCUCCAGCGGAACCAGCAACGGCGAACUGGUAAAUGGCGGAGAAUCGCGCAAACGGAGCUGGGAUAGCCAGCUGAUGGGCUCUGGCAGCGAUAUGGAAGAUGACAACAGCAGCAAGCGCCUGUGCACUGCUUCUUCGUCCUCCUCUUCGUCGCCCAUGUCGUCGCAGCAGCAGCAGCAACAUGUCCAAGUGCCUCAGCAUGGUCUUUUGGACUCGGACAUGCUGCCUGCUGGUUUCCCCCAGAUGUUGAUGGAGCAGCAGCAACAACAGGUGCAGCAGCAACACAACUUUGCCUACGCCAACAUAAUGGAUCAGCAGCAACAGCAACAACAGCAGCACCAGCAGCAACACUUCCAGCACAAUCUGCAGCAGCAGAUUCAGCAGCAGCAGCAGCAGAUGCAUGUUGGCCACAUGGGUGGCGCAGCUGUGGGCGCUGGCGGAGAGUACGACGAUGACAUCAGUCGCCAUGUGGCCAGCGCCAUCGACAGCAUCCUGAAUCUGCAGAACAGCGGCGACUCGCUGCAGUUCUCCCUGGGCUCGAUCCUCGGCGACAGCAUGCUAGACGACCAGCGGCAGGCGGGCGGCAACAUGCCCAGCUGCCAGCAGGAGCAGGUGAUUCAGCGUCGCCGCCAGCUGGGCGAGGAGAUGAACGACUGUCUAAUCAGUGGCGGUGGCUCGGCAGUCAGCGGAGUGGCGGACAACAGCAGCAACAUACUGCUGGAGCACCACCACCAGCAGCAGCAGCAUCAGAUGAUGCAGGGUCAUCAGCAACAGCCCCACCUGCAGCACCAUCAUCAUCAUCAGAACAUGACGCAGGCCCAGGCACAGCAUCUGGGGCAGCUGAACGACUUUAGCUGCGUGGCCGGCGGUCUCGAUGAUCCGGUCAAGUCGAUAAUGACCUCCUGACUUGGAGCGCCGACCACGUCUGCUGCGGAAAACGCCUCCAACAGUCUGAUACUAGAGUUUAAUGCCACCACCUUGUGAAAAACGGUUGAUAAUAACGACUUCCUGAUUGUAUAGAUUCCCGUCUUAGUUGUCCUUGGUUAUUGUUUUAGCAUUACCCCCCGAGUACAAUCUUUAAUUAGACCUAAGUUGAGACCGUAGCAUAAAUUGUUUUUACUUAUUGUUUGUAUUCUUUAGUCCAAUGUUUUGUACAAUAUUUGAACAACCCUCAGAUAACCAAUUACUUAAUACAAGGGGAGGAAGGAAGAGAGGCAUCUAAAAUAUGACAGAGCCAAUAAAGCCAAGAAAGCAAUUGACGUGGUGAAUUGAAAACUAAACGACGAAUAGCAUCAAAUGCUUCUCACAGAGGUACACUAAACGGAACGUAAUAUUAUAAAUUAUAUAGCUACAGUAACUAAGAGAAAGCCCCUAGACAAUUUAUUCAAAUGAAACCAAGAAAAGUACGUAAGAAAAUGAAGGCAAUGAUGAGGAGAAGAAACACGCGCAAAAAGAGGAAGGGAAGAAAACGAAUUGGUUGUAUAAUUCAUAAUUAAGUUACAUGAAGCAAUUCUGAGAAACAAUUAAAAUCACGUUGCCAAUUUUGUUGUCGCUGAAAUAUCAGGCAGAGCAAUUUAUCCGCAUCCAAUCCAUUUUUAGAGGCCCAGAUAAAGUACAUUUAUUUGCGCAUUACGUUGCGAAAGAGUUUUGUAAAUAGUUAGAGCAUGCCACAGUUUCAAUAGCGCCCCUGGAACUGUCUAACCAGAUUAUAAAUAUAUAUAGCUAAGCAUUUUUAGAAGGAGAUAUCAUUUAAAGCGCUUCACGUACGACUGCUUCUGAUAUUACAGACAAACAAACCAACCAACCAACCUAUUGACGUGCUCAAUUCGAGAGUAAAGAAUAUUUCGGCAUAGCUACGGGUGUCAUUGGAAGGCAAAUGCAAAGAUCUUAGGGAUUAACGAGUACCAACUAUGGCAAACUACGAAGCAAACCAAAAGCAGUUCAAAAAUCACAAUUUUAGCCAAUUUAGUUUAAACAUUUAUAAAUUAUUGAAUCUAAUGUAAUAUCGGAUACACUCAAACCGAUCGAUCGAUUGAACAGAGAAGCUGAGGGAGUAUUGAGAUGAGGAACCACAGGAAAACAAGUAACAACAAAUUAACGAAUCGUAUCAAUUGUAUCUUGAUCUUGCGACAAAUCUGACUUGUGAUUUGUGCCACGUUUUAAAUAUAGAUGUCUGAUUAGCUUGUAAACAUACAUAAUAAAUACGAUUAAAGUCUAUACAAAAUGAAAAACCCACACUCAGUAAGCCACUACAAAGUUUAUCCAAAACGAAUCGCGCGUCGCGAAAGCAAUUGUAAAUGUUUGGCGUGGGAAGGGCGGGUGACACGCAUCAAUUACAUACCAAUUACAAUACUAACUACUACUUUAAUACCACCACUAACACACCUACUACGAUACGUACUACCAUGGACGGAAUGCUUGUAUUACGUGUAGUCUGUAAGGGAACUUCAAGAGGUACCACAUAUUUUAAGAUGUGCUUCGUUUAUUCAGGCCCCCCAUCCAUGAUUCCUAGACCAUAACCAUAACCAUAACCCGAGCCCAUCAUCCCACCUAUCCAGCGUCCCGUCUGAGUUGCAUGAUCUUGUAUUUCAAUUUUGAAACCUUCUAGUUAUUAUUCAAAGACAAAUAACUUUCGUGUAAAAAUGUAUAUGUAAUAGCAUAAUUUAAGUUGGCAACCCAAAACUGAAUAAAUUUAAAUCUAUUGAUAGAUUACUAAUGCGAAUUGUUUUAAGUUGUAUUUAGAACAAAAUUGAACUCAGAACUCAAUUCGGUCGCCCCUCCCGCAACCACCUUUCCACAACACAAUAACAACAACAACAAAGAGCAGUGUCGUCACUUGAAUUGUUCAGCUAAAUGUGUCUAAAUGUAAUUUAACAUAAAGAGAAAACUAAAGAUUUUUAAACAAACAUUGUGAGUUUUAAUUAAACAUCAUCAGCAUAGGGAGAGAGAGACAGCAAAGCAAAGGAAACAACUUUAAUAUUUGAUAGUUUAUUAAGCCCAUCCAUUCAUAGUCGUCAUAAACAUUAAGUACAUAAAACAAAACAAACAAAAGAUUCAAUAUAAAUCUCACUGAAACGCAACAAACCGAAAACCCAACUGAGAACGAAAACUAAAUAAAAGGAAAUGCAAUCAAAGUUCA